GUAUACACAUCUGUGCACAAGCGCGUGCGCAACUCGCAAUUGUCCCUCUUACUUAAAGUAAUAUAUUUGAUUCGCUUUGGGGACAUUUGCAGAAUGCGCGACACUAAAAUAUCGACAAAACAACCACGUCCCAAUCGCAUCUAAAUACAAACACAAUUUAACACAAGCAAAAUGCGCGUGCAAUAUUGCUCCGAUUUGGACAAGAGUGUCGUCAUCUCCAACUGUGAAAAGCGAGGAUGGCUCCAGGUAGGCGCAGACGAAGAAUGGAAUGUAUACUGGGCGGGUACGGCCACAUGCAAAAACAUCUUCAGCGUCGACAGUGGUUACCGCAUGAAUGAUAACCAGUGGGUACAUUCGCACACACACAACACAAAUCACACGUCCCCAAUCAAGAAUGCCGCUAUUUCCAGACUUAUUAAUCAUUUUCCCAACCACUACGAGCUGUCACGCAAAGAUCUACUCGUGAAGAACAUCAAGCGUUACCGGCGCGAGCUGGAGAAAGAAGGUAAUCCAAUGGCGGAGCGUGGCGACUCGCGUUACAUCCACUUGGAUUUCAUGCCUGUGACAUUCGCGUUACCUUCCGAUUACAAUAUGUUCGUGGAAGAGUAUCGCAAGUCGCCAGCAAGCACGUGGAUCAUGAAGCCAUGCGGACGUUCGCAAGGAUCCGGCAUCUUUCUCAUCAACAAACUUUCCAAGUUGAAGAAGUGGUCACGCGAUACCAAGCACAUCUUCCAACCACAACUGAACAAGGAAGCCUAUGUUAUUUCAAGGUACAUUGAUAAUCCAUUGUUGAUUGGAGGCAAAAAAUUCGACCUACGCCUCUACGUUUUAGUCACAUCCUUUCGUCCGCUGAAAGCCUACCAAUUCAAACAUGGUUUCUGUCGAUUCUGCACCGUCAAGUACGAUUCCAAUAUGGCGGAGCUAGACAACAUGUACGUGCAUCUCACCAAUGUGUCCAUUCAGAAACACGGCGUGAGUAGCAAUCAAACUUUGACAAUUAGAAAUUUUCGUGUCGGAUUGUGUCAAUGUUCGCAAAAUUUCGCCAUGCCCGAUAAAGUUGAGAUCGCGUUCAGUACCGAUUUGGACAGGGCCAAAGUCGCGUGCAUCUGCGAACGCAGAGGAUGGGUUCACGUCGAACCUGACGACGCGUGGAAUAUCUACUGGGCGGCAACGCAAACAUGCCGAAAUCUCUUCAGCGUAGACAGCGGCUACCGAAUGAAUGAAAACCAGCUAAUCAAUCACUUCCCCAACUAUUACGAGAUAUCCCGGAAAGAUUUACUUGUAAAAAACAUCAAACGAUAUCGCAAGGACCUGGAACGCGAAGGCAAUUGCAUGGCCGAACGGGGACCAGACGCCAAAUAUUUAUACCUCGAUAUAAUUCCGGUCACCUUCGUCCUGCCCGUAGAUUAUAACCUGUUCGUUGAAGAAUAUCGAAAAUCACCGCAGAGUACUUGGAUAAUCAAGCCCUGCGGCAAGUCGCAGGGCACCGGCAUUUUCCUCAUCAAUAAACUGUCAAAAUUGAAAAAAUGGUCGCGCGAUACCAAGCACGCCGUGUUUCCGAAUUCAUUCGUGAAGGAAAGUUAUGUGAUCUGCAAGUACAUCAACAAUCCAUUGUUGAUCGGCGGAAAGAAAUUUGACCUGCGGUUGUACGUGUUGGUAACAUCCUUUCGUCCCCUCAAAGCGUAUCAAUUCAAACAUGGCUUCUGUCGGUUUUGUACGGUUAAGUACGACUCCAGCGUGGCGGAGUUGGAUAAUAUGUAUGUGCAUCUAACGAAUGUAUCUGUACAAAAACAUGGCGCGGAAUAUAAUGCAAUCCAUGGUGGUAAGCUAAGCGUGCAAAAUCUACGUCUCUAUUUGGAAAGCACGCGCGGAAAGGAAGUGACUGAGAGACUUUUCGAUCAAAUCAGUUGGGUGAUUAUUCAUUCCCUGAAAGCAGUGCAGCCGAUCCUCGCCUCCGACCGCCAUUGCUUCGAGUGUUAUGGAUACGAUAUUAUCAUCGACAACAAAUUAAAACCGUGGCUUAUCGAGGUGAAUGCGUCACCGUCCCUCUCGUCAACAACAGCGAACGAUCGAAUUCUCAAACAUAAACUGAUUGACAACAUUUUCUCCAUUGUAUUGCCGCCCAAUGGAGUGCCAGAUACGAAAUGGAAUAAAAUCGCGACGCCCGAUCAGAUUAAGGACUUUGAGCUGCUCAUCGAUGAAGAUCUGAUUAAUCACGCUGAUGAUCCGGAGUAUGUCGAGAAGUACACUGGAAAAUACGCGUCAAAUACAAGAUGGAGGAACACAUUCAAUUCUUAAUCGUUCCAAAUUGUAGUGUAAUAUAAUUGUCAACAGAAUGAAAUCAAUUUAAAUCAUUUCACAUUUAUGUUUCAUCGCGUCAAUGCAUUGCUGAAUAAAUUUAGUAUUUGCCUGAA